AUGUAUUCCCAGCGCCCUCUGUCCUAUGCGCCUACGCCAUACAGCUUUACGCCCAAUCCGGCUCUGUCAGCGUCAAUUAAUCUUGAUGAAGAAGUGAAGCUUGCGUCCAGCUCUGCGGAGCGGGACCUGUAUGAAUCGCUGGCCGAAAUCUACAGCAUUAUCGUGACGCUGGAUGGGCUAGAAAAGGCUUAUAUCAGAGAUGCCAUCUCCGAAUCAGAGUACACGGAGACGUGCGCCCGUCUUCUCAAGCAGUACAAGUCCACUUUGAGCGAUGAAGCGGUCGCACGUGAGUUUGUCGACCUCGACACUUUCAAGCGCACUUGGGGAUUGGAAUGUCCCAGAGCCACUGAACGUCUCCGGAUCGGCUUACCGGCAACUGUCGAGCAAGCUCCCCAUGGCACUCAUACACCAAGCAACGGCGCGUCCGGCGCGGCUCCCUCCGGCGGUGCCUCUGGCAGUCUUAUCCUGACAGCCACUGAGAAUUUCAUUACCUUCCUGGAUGCGCUUAAAUUGAACAUGGUGUCGAAGGAUGCCCUUCACCCGCUGCUGUCGGAGGUGAUCCAGUCAGUCAACAAGGUGACGGAUCGAGACUUUGAGAAUCGGGGCAAGAUCAUCCAGUGGCUCAUCACGCUGAACCAGAUGCGGGCCACAGAAGAACUGAGCGAGGAGCAGGCGCGAGAGCUGGCAUUCGAUAUUGAGCAAGCAUAUCAGGGGUUCAAAGCGACACUAAGUUGA